AUGAAAAAUUCACUGAAGAAAAUGUAUGGCGAGAUCAAAAGUUAUGAACUGGACGGCGAUGGCGACCGUCGUGACACUGUUCCUGAACUGUUUGUCAGCGGGUUUGACAUGGAACAGAUAUGGCAGCAAAUAGAGCUACAAAAUCGAAAGGCAUACGAACAGUUAAGUAAAGUGGUGUCGUCGUCCAGUUUGAUAUCUUGCGAGGUCCCGGUCAGAAGUGAUGAAGAUCUUGUAGAAGACGCGAAAGAAGAAAGCGAAAACUCUGACGAUGAUGAAAUGGUCGAGGUUGGAAGGAUCAAAGGAUUGCUGAAAGCGUCCACGGCUACGGCGGAUGAUGAAACGGAUGACAGUGAGUUGUUCAACGGCGAAGACUUUGAUACGGACGAAGAAAACCAGUACGACAAUGCGAAAGACAAAGAAGGCGACGAAGGUGAAGAAUAUGCACAUGAGAGGAAAUCACAUGAAGAGGAGCUGUCACGGACAUCAGCUGUUGAAGACAGAUUUUUCAGUCUGACUGACAUGGAAUCAUUCCUUGAGGAACAAGACAAACUUUUCGAAACAGGAUCUGACUUUUUGGCUGCUGACGAAAAUUACGAUUAUUUCUGUGAUACUGACAAAUCCGACGACGGAAGAGAUUACAAGUACUCGGAAUUUUUCGAUCCACCAAAGCCGGACUCAUAUAAUUCUAACAAAAGAAAACGAGUUCAUUUUGCCGUCGACAAUAAGCAAAGAAUUUGCAUUUGA